UAUGAUGAGUCACUGUAUAUAUUAAAUUAAAUUUUUUAGACUUAUAAAUUUUAUAUAUAGUUACAAUGAAGUUAUUAGAAAAAGUUCUCUCUUUUCUACAAUAUUGGUAUUUCAGAUAUACAUUAGUAACGGAACUGUAUAUGGUUGAAAAAUGGGAAAGACACUUUAUAAAUAUAUUUCUUGUGUCUCUUUUUUGUUUACUGUUCUACUUCAAUCAUAAGAUUUUAUUACCAGCAACAUCAUUAGUAUUAAGCGCAGGUUAAUAUAGAUUUCAUGAAAUGUUUUAUUUGGAAAUAUGUUCAAGAGUUUUUAAGCUAAAGAAGAAUUAAUAAAUAUGAAUAUUAAAAGAAAAACAUAAGAAAAAAUGCCAAC